AUGGGGUCGGCGGACGCAUGGUUGGAGUCGCCAGUGGGACCAGGCGAUAUUGUGUCGCGCAGCCAUUGGAUGCCGAAUGGAGCCAUCAAGCAGUGCACCAACCCCGCUUGCAACCACGAGUUCAGCCGGAAAGAGCGAAAGCACCACUGCAGGUGCUGCGGGAACGUUUACUGUUUUGAUUGCACCCAGUGUACCCUGCCGCUCAACCCUAUCACCGCCAUGAUCGAGGAAGGAGGAGAGCCAUCGAAAGCCUGCGUUUUGUGCUUUGAGAGAGCGGUCGAAGAGGGUUACCCGUUGGAUCGCUUUCUUCACAACGGCUCCUCCAACUCGUUGAUUUCCGACGCCUAUGGCGAUGGCGAUGGCCACGGCGACGGCGACGGCGACGGCGACGGCGACGGCGACGGCGACGGCGACGGCGACGGCGAUGGCGAUGAGGAUGACGACGAAAACAGCUGUCGACAUCAUAGUGACGAUAACGAUGACAACGAUGAUAGCUAUACUCGUUAUAAUAAUAAUGACGAUUAUGACGGUGCGGUUUCCGACGCUGAUAACGCGGAAGCGGCGGAAAUCGCGUCGUAUAGACGUCAGGAGGCGAUGCCUGCUCGUGCGACUCGCAGCUUCUGCAAUUCCGAGGGCGCGGGCGUCAGCAGGGCACGAAACGACCACCUGGGCGACGGCGGCAGCGGUCGCAGCUGGAGUGGCGAAAACUUGCGAAACAACGGCGACCGGGACAUGCUCGAAAGCAGCAGAAACGGCGGUAGCAGAAUUUACGGAAGCAGCAGGGAGCAGCAAGCACGGGAUGGAAGCCCGAGCGACAACGCGGGGAAUCGUCCGGGAGCCAUGGUUUUUGACAAGUGCAGGAGCUUGGAUCACAGAGACAAGGCGGCCGCGCGAGCUUACACGCGGUUUUCGGGCAAAAGCGAGCGGGACAGCAGCGGCGGCAGAAGCAGCCAAGAUCUCUCUCCGCGCGGCGGCAUGGAUAGUGCUCUUAGUGCUCAUAGCGUUAGCGAGAAGCUGAGGAUGAAGGGAAGUGGUUCCAAAGUGUACAGAGAUACCAAUACUAUCGGGAGUGCUUUCAACGGGGACGGCAGGCUGGAGAGCAGCUACAGCAGCUCGGAUCCGUCGUCUCCUUUAAAUAUCACGUACAACAGAAGCAGAACCCUAGAUGCUAGCGAUAAAGCAACCGCCAGGCGACCCCCUCCUAGCAGCAGACCGAGUUUUGAGGCGAAUCAAAAGCUGGAGAGCAGCUACAGCAGCGUUGAUCCGUCGUCUCCUUUAAACAUCACGUACAACAGAAGCAGAACCCUAGAUGCUAGCGAUAAAGCAACCGCCGCCGCCAGGCGGCCUCCUUCCAGCAGCAGACCAAUUAGUCUAUUAGCUAGUAGUUUACUCGCGAAUAGUUCACAUAGUUCUUCUCUAAGUGCCAGUGGCGGUGGUGAUAGUGUUGCCAGGAGCUGGAAUGAGGCUGCAAGCGGGGGUAGGGGAUUCGGUGCCGAGUUUGGAAAGAGCAAAACGCUUGAUAGCAGCGACAAGGACGCUAUAAGGCGUAGCGCUGGUGGUGCUAACAGGGCCACCGGUGGUGUAGCAGUGCCGCCCACUGGCAAGGCGCGCAGGCGGGUGACGUCAGCCUAUCGGCACCUGUCCAUGGAUCUAACGGACAGAUAUGGCGACCUCUCGUCGCUGCUAGUAGAGCCGUCCGAUCCCAGCCAUCUGUCGCUGCUCUCCACUGCUGCUGCUGGUGGUGGUGGUGCUGCUGGUGCUUCUAGUGCCUCUAGUGCGCGUCUGAUAGAGUGGAGCACGAGUGACGUGUGCUCGUGGCUUAUCCACUCUGUUGGCUUCCCAGAUGGCAGUGGGCGAGAGUACGCACGGGACUUUGAUCAGCAUCAGGUGGACGGUCUCUCCCUGGUCGGCAUCACACACUCCCACCCGGCUCUUGCUCGCAUGCGAUUGGCCGAUUACACCCUCUUCGAAUCACAUCGUCGCCAGCUGGUAACUGCAGAAGCUGCUGCCCCUCUUGCUCCACCGCUCUCAACCGUUGACUUCUCCUCUGCAUCUAUCGCGUCUACCGCAGCUGCUUCUGUUGGCAGUGCGGUGCUGUGCGGUGGUGCGGCGAGCAGCAGGGUUGGACUGGGUGCAGUGCGAUGCGGCUCCGACCCCACCGCUCUCCUGCAUCACUUACCCAAGCAACACUCAAAAAGGACAAGUACCACCGGUGGGGCGGGGGACGGCCGGGCGGCGGCAGUGCAGUCUCCUGCCGCCCGGAUCACCAGGCAGGAGAGCGGGGUGGUCGGGGCUGUGGGCGGGUGGCUCUGUCACCUGGACGACCUGCUGAAGGAGUCCCUGCUCGUGGAGUAUCUGCCAACCAGAACGAAAUGGGCGUCCACCCCAAACGACCCACCUGCUCUCACCGACAACAGCACCAGUAUCAUCACCACGGAGGAGGACGAGUGGGUGCCGCGCUUCGUGACGCUCACACCCACCGAUAUGGCAUGCUACCUGCACGCCACCGACCUGCACCCGCAGAUCACCCUCCCUGUCGCUUCCAUCGCCUCUGCCGGCACCCUCCACAUGGCCCCUGCUCCUCCGGCUGUAGCACCGAAUGUGACACCAGCUGUAGCAGUGAAGACAGCAUCUGGUGUAACAACGGCUGUAGCGCCGGCUGUAGCAGCGCCGUUAUCCGCAUCAUCGGAGGAGUGGUUGGCGUUUCACGUCACGACCAGCUACGGGCUCAAGCUGGAGUGUGCCACUCGCAGCUGUGCCAAGCUGCAGCUAUGGCUGGCAACAGUGCACGAGGCUAUUGCUAAUGCUGGCAUCAACUCUACGACUUUGCCAACUCGUCUUCGCGAAAACGUCACAGACAAACAAGUCCACGCGGCCAGUUUCGCUUCGCAUCCAGUCGAUUCAGUUGUAACUGUCGUCGCAGUGGGUGCAGCGCCUGCAGCGUCAUCGAUCCCAACUACCCCCACAGCGUCACCCCUAGCAGCCUUCCUCCCCACCGCCGGACGGUUGCCUGUCACCUCGUCCGCUCAUGCCACUCCGUCGGUGAAGGGGAAGGUGUUUGUGCGCUAUGUGGCCAGGCUCACUCCCCCUCGUAGCAACGGAAAAGUGGUUGGUGACCGAGGAGCAACCGGAAAAGUAAUUAUGAAGGGAGUAAAGGCCUCUGCAAGUGCCAGCUACCUCGUGCUCAAGAUGCGUAUAAAAAACAUCCGGUCUGGAGGGGCUGCGCCCUACACGAGCGCUGUUACAAAUUGCCUUGCUGGCCAGUUUGUGGAAGGAUAUGAAGGGAGGUGUGAUGGAAAGGCAGGGAGGUGUGAUGGAAAGGCAGGGAGGUGUGAUGGAAAGGCAGGGAGGUGUGAUGGAAAGGCAGGGAGGUGUGAUGGAAAGGCAGGGAGGUGUGAUGGAAAGGCAGGGAGGUGUGAUGGAAAGGCAGGGAGGUGUGAUGGAAAGGCAGGGAGGUGUGAUGGAAAGGCAGGGAGGUGUGAUGGAAAGGCAGGGAGGUGUGAUGGAAAGGCAGGGAGGUGUGAUGGAAAGGCAGGGAGGUGUGAUGGAAAGGCAGGGAGGUGUGAUGGAAAGGCAGGGAGGUGUGAUGGAAAGGCAGGGAGGUGUGAUGGAAAGGCAGGGAGGUGUGAUGGAAAGGCAGGGAGGUGUGAUGGAAAGGCAGGGAGGUGUGAUGGAAAGGCAGGGAGGUGUGAUGGAAAGGCAGGGAGGUGUGAUGGAAAGGCAGGGAGGUGUGAUGGAAAGGCAGGGAGGUGUGAUGGAAAGGCAGGGAGGUGUGAUGGAAAGGCAGGGAGGUGUGAUGGAAAGGCAGGGAGGUGUGAUGGAAAGGCAGGGAGGUGUGAUGGAAAGGCAGGGAGGUGUGAUGGAAAGGCAGGGAGGUGUGAUGGAAAGGCAGGGAGGUGUGAUGGAAAGGCAGGGAGGUGUGAUGGAAAGGCAGGGAGGUGUGAUGGAAAGGCAGGGAGGUGUGAUGGAAAGGCAGGGAGGUGUGAUGGAAAGGCAGGGAGGUGUGAUGGAAAGGCAGGGAGGUGUGAUGGAAAGGCAGGGAGGUGUGAUGGAAAGGCAGGGAGGUGUGAUGGAAAGGCAGGGAGGUGUGAUGGAAAGGCAGGGAGGUGUGAUGGAAAGGCAGGGAGGUGUGAUGGAAAGGCAGGGAGGUGUGAUGGAAAGGCAGGGAGGUGUGAUGGAAAGGCAGGGAGGUGUGAUGGAAAGGCAGGGAGGUGUGAUGGAAAGGCAGGGAGGUGUGAUGGAAAGGCAGGGAGGUGUGAUGGAAAGGCAGGGAGGUGUGAUGGAAAGGCAGGGAGGUGUGAUGGAAAGGCAGGGAGGUGUGAUGGAAAGGCAGGGAGGUGUGAUGGAAAGGCAGGGAGGUGUGAUGGAAAGGCAGGGAGGUGUGAUGGAAAGGCAGGGAGGUGUGAUGGAAAGGCAGGGAGGUGUGAUGGAAAGGCAGGGAGGUGUGAUGGAAAGGCAGGGAGGUGUGAUGGAAAGGCAGGGAGGUGUGAUGGAAAGGCAGGGAGGUGUGAUGGAAAGGCAGGGAGGUGUGAUGGAAAGGCAGGGAGGUGUGAUGGAAAGGCAGGGAGGUGUGAUGGAAAGGCAGGGAGGUGUGAUGGAAAGGCAGGGAGGUGUGAUGGAAAGGCAGGGAGGUGUGAUGGAAAGGCAGGGAGGUGUGAUGGAAAGGCAGGGAGGUGUGAUGGAAAGGCAGGGAGGUGUGAUGGAAAGGCAGGGAGGUGUGAUGGAAAGGCAGGGAGGUGUGAUGGAAAGGCAGGGAGGUGUGAUGGAAAGGCAGGGAGGUGUGAUGGAAAGGCAGGGAGGUGUGAUGGAAAGGCAGGGAGGUGUGAUGGAAAGGCAGGGAGGUGUGAUGGAAAGGCAGGGAGGUGUGAUGGAAAGGCAGGGAGGUGUGAUGGAAAGGCAGGGAGGUGUGAUGGAAAGGCAGGGAGGUGUGAUGGAAAGGCAGGGAGGUGUGAUGGAAAGGCAGGGAGGUGUGAUGGAAAGGCAGGGAGGUGUGAUGGAAAGGCAGGGAGGUGUGAUGGAAAGGCAGGGAGGUGUGAUGGAAAGGCAGGGAGGUGUGAUGGAAAGGCAGGGAGGUGUGAUGGAAAGGCAGGGAGGUGUGAUGGAAAGGCAGGGAGGUGUGAUGGAAAGGCAGGGAGGUGUGAUGGAAAGGCAGGGAGGUGUGAUGGAAAGGCAGGGAGGUGUGAUGGAAAGGCAGGGAGGUGUGAUGGAAAGGCAGGGAGGUGUGAUGGAAAGGCAGGGAGGUGUGAUGGAAAGGCAGGGAGGUGUGAUGGAAAGGCAGGGAGGUGUGAUGGAAAGGCAGGGAGGUGUGAUGGAAAGGCAGGGAGGUGUGAUGGAAAGGCAGGGAGGUGUGAUGGAAAGGCAGGGAGGUGUGAUGGAAAGGCAGGGAGGUGUGAUGGAAAGGCAGGGAGGUGUGAUGGAAAGGCAGGGAGGUGUGAUGGAAAGGCAGGGAGGUGUGAUGGAAAGGCAGGGAGGUGUGAUGGAAAGGCAGGGAGGUGUGAUGGAAAGGCAGGGAGGUGUGAUGGAAAGGCAGGGAGGUGUGAUGGAAAGGCAGGGAGGUGUGAUGGAAAGGCAGGGAGGUGUGAUGGAAAGGCAGGGAGGUGUGAUGGAAAGGCAGGGAGGUGUGAUGGAAAGGCAGGGAGGUGUGAUGGAAAGGCAGGGAGGUGUGAUGGAAAGGCAGGGAGGUGUGAUGGAAAGGCAGGGAGGUGUGAUGGAAAGGCAGGGAGGUGUGAUGGAAAGGCAGGGAGGUGUGAUGGAAAGGCAGGGAGGUGUGAUGGAAAGGCAGGGAGGUGUGAUGGAAAGGCAGGGAGGUGUGAUGGAAAGGCAGGGAGGUGUGAUGGAAAGGCAGGGAGGUGUGAUGGAAAGGCAGGGAGGUGUGAUGGAAAGGCAGGGAGGUGUGAUGGAAAGGCAGGGAGGUGUGAUGGAAAGGCAGGGAGGUGUGAUGGAAAGGCAGGGAGGUGUGAUGGAAAGGCAGGGAGGUGUGAUGGAAAGGCAGGGAGGUGUGAUGGAAAGGCAGGGAGGUGUGAUGGAAAGGCAGGGAGGUGUGAUGGAAAGGCAGGGAGGUGUGAUGGAAAGGCAGGGAGGUGUGAUGGAAAGGCAGGGAGGUGUGAUGGAAAGGCAGGGAGGUGUGAUGGAAAGGCAGGGAGGUGUGAUGGAAAGGCAGGGAGGUGUGAUGGAAAGGCAGGGAGGUGUGAUGGAAAGGCAGGGAGGUGUGAUGGAAAGGCAGGGAGGUGUGAUGGAAAGGCAGGGAGGUGUGAUGGAAAGGCAGGGAGGUGUGAUGGAAAGGCAGGGAGGUGUGAUGGAAAGGCAGGGAGGUGUGAUGGAAAGGCAGGGAGGUGUGAUGGAAAGGCAGGGAGGUGUGAUGGAAAGGCAGGGAGGUGUGAUGGAAAGGCAGGGAGGUGUGAUGGAAAGGCAGGGAGGUGUGAUGGAAAGGCAGGGAGGUGUGAUGGAAAGGCAGGGAGGUGUGAUGGAAAGGCAGGGAGGUGUGAUGGAAAGGCAGGGAGGUGUGAUGGAAAGGCAGGGAGGUGUGAUGGAAAGGCAGGGAGGUGUGAUGGAAAGGCAGGGAGGUGUGAUGGAAAGGCAGGGAGGUGUGAUGGAAAGGCAGGGAGGUGUGAUGGAAAGGCAGGGAGGUGUGAUGGAAAGGCAGGGAGGUGUGAUGGAAAGGCAGGGAGGUGUGAUGGAAAGGCAGGGAGGUGUGAUGGAAAGGCAGGGAGGUGUGAUGGAAAGGCAGGGAGGUGUGAUGGAAAGGCAGGGAGGUGUGAUGGAAAGGCAGGGAGGUGUGAUGGAAAGGCAGGGAGGUGUGAUGGAAAGGCAGGGAGGUGUGAUGGAAAGGCAGGGAGGUGUGAUGGAAAGGCAGGGAGGUGUGAUGGAAAGGCAGGGAGGUGUGAUGGAAAGGCAGGGAGGUGUGAUGGAAAGGCAGGGAGGUGUGAUGGAAAGGCAGGGAGGUGUGAUGGAAAGGCAGGGAGGUGUGAUGGAAAGGCAGGGAGGUGUGAUGGAAAGGCAGGGAGGUGUGAUGGAAAGGCAGGGAGGUGUGAUGGAAAGGCAGGGAGGUGUGAUGGAAAGGCAGGGAGGUGUGAUGGAAAGGCAGGGAGGUGUGAUGGAAAGGCAGGGAGGUGUGAUGGAAAGGCAGGGAGGUGUGAUGGAAAGGCAGGGAGGUGUGAUGGAAAGGCAGGGAGGUGUGAUGGAAAGGCAGGGAGGUGUGAUGGAAAGGCAGGGAGGUGUGAUGGAAAGGCAGGGAGGUGUGAUGGAAAGGCAGGGAGGUGUGAUGGAAAGGCAGGGAGGUGUGAUGGAAAGGCAGGGAGGUGUGAUGGAAAGGCAGGGAGGUGUGAUGGAAAGGCAGGGAGGUGUGAUGGAAAGGCAGGGAGGUGUGAUGGAAAGGCAGGGAGGUGUGAUGGAAAGGCAGGGAGGUGUGAUGGAAAGGCAGGGAGGUGUGAUGGAAAGGCAGGGAGGUGUGAUGGAAAGGCAGGGAGGUGUGAUGGAAAGGCAGGGAGGUGUGAUGGAAAGGCAGGGAGGUGUGAUGGAAAGGCAGGGAGGUGUGAUGGAAAGGCAGGGAGGUGUGAUGGAAAGGCAGGGAGGUGUGAUGGAAAGGCAGGGAGGUGUGAUGGAAAGGCAGGGAGGUGUGAUGGAAAGGCAGGGAGGUGUGAUGGAAAGGCAGGGAGGUGUGAUGGAAAGGCAGGGAGGUGUGAUGGAAAGGCAGGGAGGUGUGAUGGAAAGGCAGGGAGGUGUGAUGGAAAGGCAGGGAGGUGUGAUGGAAAGGCAGGGAGGUGUGAUGGAAAGGCAGGGAGGUGUGAUGGAAAGGCAGGGAGGUGUGAUGGAAAGGCAGGGAGGUGUGAUGGAAAGGCAGGGAGGUGUGAUGGAAAGGCAGGGAGGUGUGAUGGAAAGGCAGGGAGGUGUGAUGGAAAGGCAGGGAGGUGUGAUGGAAAGGCAGGGAGGUGUGAUGGAAAGGCAGGGAGGUGUGAUGGAAAGGCAGGGAGGUGUGAUGGAAAGGCAGGGAGGUGUGAUGGAAAGGCAGGGAGGUGUGAUGGAAAGGCAGGGAGGUGUGAUGGAAAGGCAGGGAGGUGUGAUGGAAAGGCAGGGAGGUGUGAUGGAAAGGCAGGGAGGUGUGAUGGAAAGGCAGGGAGGUGUGAUGGAAAGGCAGGGAGGUGUGAUGGAAAGGCAGGGAGGUGUGAUGGAAAGGCAGGGAGGUGUGAUGGAAAGGCAGGGAGGUGUGAUGGAAAGGCAGGGAGGUGUGAUGGAAAGGCAGGGAGGUGUGAUGGAAAGGCAGGGAGGUGUGAUGGAAAGGCAGGGAGGUGUGAUGGAAAGGCAGGGAGGUGUGAUGGAAAGGCAGGGAGGUGUGAUGGAAAGGCAGGGAGGUGUGAUGGAAAGGCAGGGAGGUGUGAUGGAAAGGCAGGGAGGUGUGAUGGAAAGGCAGGGAGGUGUGAUGGAAAGGCAGGGAGGUGUGAUGGAAAGGCAGGGAGGUGUGAUGGAAAGGCAGGGAGGUGUGAUGGAAAGGCAGGGAGGUGUGAUGGAAAGGCAGGGAGGUGUGAUGGAAAGGCAGGGAGGUGUGAUGGAAAGGCAGGGAGGUGUGAUGGAAAGGCAGGGAGGUGUGAUGGAAAGGCAGGGAGGUGUGAUGGAAAGGCAGGGAGGUGUGAUGGAAAGGCAGGGAGGUGUGAUGGAAAGGCAGGGAGGUGUGAUGGAAAGGCAGGGAGGUGUGAUGGAAAGGCAGGGAGGUGUGAUGGAAAGGCAGGGAGGUGUGAUGGAAAGGCAGGGAGGUGUGAUGGAAAGGCAGGGAGGUGUGAUGGAAAGGCAGGGAGGUGUGAUGGAAAGGCAGGGAGGUGUGAUGGAAAGGCAGGGAGGUGUGAUGGAAAGGCAGGGAGGUGUGAUGGAAAGGCAGGGAGGUGUGAUGGAAAGGCAGGGAGGUGUGAUGGAAAGGCAGGGAGGUGUGAUGGAAAGGCAGGGAGGUGUGAUGGAAAGGCAGGGAGGUGUGAUGGAAAGGCAGGGAGGUGUGAUGGAAAGGCAGGGAGGUGUGAUGGAAAGGCAGGGAGGUGUGAUGGAAAGGCAGGGAGGUGUGAUGGAAAGGCAGGGAGGUGUGAUGGAAAGGCAGGGAGGUGUGAUGGAAAGGCAGGGAGGUGUGAUGGAAAGGCAGGGAGGUGUGAUGGAAAGGCAGGGAGGUGUGAUGGAAAGGCAGGGAGGUGUGAUGGAAAGGCAGGGAGGUGUGAUGGAAAGGCAGGGAGGUGUGAUGGAAAGGCAGGGAGGUGUGAUGGAAAGGCAGGGAGGUGUGAUGGAAAGGCAGGGAGGUGUGAUGGAAAGGCAGGGAGGUGUGAUGGAAAGGCAGGGAGGUGUGAUGGAAAGGCAGGGAGGUGUGAUGGAAAGGCAGGGAGGUGUGAUGGAAAGGCAGGGAGGUGUGAUGGAAAGGCAGGGAGGUGUGAUGGAAAGGCAGGGAGGUGUGAUGGAAAGGCAGGGAGGUGUGAUGGAAAGGCAGGGAGGUGUGAUGGAAAGGCAGGGAGGUGUGAUGGAAAGGCAGGGAGGUGUGAUGGAAAGGCAGGGAGGUGUGAUGGAAAGGCAGGGAGGUGUGAUGGAAAGGCAGGGAGGUGUGAUGGAAAGGCAGGGAGGUGUGAUGGAAAGGCAGGGAGGUGUGAUGGAAAGGCAGGGAGGUGUGAUGGAAAGGCAGGGAGGUGUGAUGGAAAGGCAGGGAGGUGUGAUGGAAAGGCAGGGAGGUGUGAUGGAAAGGCAGGGAGGUGUGAUGGAAAGGCAGGGAGGUGUGAUGGAAAGGCAGGGAGGUGUGAUGGAAAGGCAGGGAGGUGUGAUGGAAAGGCAGGGAGGUGUGAUGGAAAGGCAGGGAGGUGUGAUGGAAAGGCAGGGAGGUGUGAUGGAAAGGCAGGGAGGUGUGAUGGAAAGGCAGGGAGGUGUGAUGGAAAGGCAGGGAGGUGUGAUGGAAAGGCAGGGAGGUGUGAUGGAAAGGCAGGGAGGUGUGAUGGAAAGGCAGGGAGGUGUGAUGGAAAGGCAGGGAGGUGUGAUGGAAAGGCAGGGAGGUGUGAUGGAAAGGCAGGGAGGUGUGAUGGAAAGGCAGGGAGGUGUGAUGGAAAGGCAGGGAGGUGUGAUGGAAAGGCAGGGAGGUGUGAUGGAAAGGCAGGGAGGUGUGAUGGAAAGGCAGGGAGGUGUGAUGGAAAGGCAGGGAGGUGUGAUGGAAAGGCAGGGAGGUGUGAUGGAAAGGCAGGGAGGUGUGAUGGAAAGGCAGGGAGGUGUGAUGGAAAGGCAGGGAGGUGUGAUGGAAAGGCAGGGAGGUGUGAUGGAAAGGCAGGGAGGUGUGAUGGAAAGGCAGGGAGGUGUGAUGGAAAGGCAGGGAGGUGUGAUGGAAAGGCAGGGAGGUGUGAUGGAAAGGCAGGGAGGUGUGAUGGAAAGGCAGGGAGGUGUGAUGGAAAGGCAGGGAGGUGUGAUGGAAAGGCAGGGAGGUGUGAUGGAAAGGCAGGGAGGUGUGAUGGAAAGGCAGGGAGGUGUGAUGGAAAGGCAGGGAGGUGUGAUGGAAAGGCAGGGAGGUGUGAUGGAAAGGCAGGGAGGUGUGAUGGAAAGGCAGGGAGGUGUGAUGGAAAGGCAGGGAGGUGUGAUGGAAAGGCAGGGAGGUGUGAUGGAAAGGCAGGGAGGUGUGAUGGAAAGGCAGGGAGGUGUGAUGGAAAGGCAGGGAGGUGUGAUGGAAAGGCAGGGAGGUGUGAUGGAAAGGCAGGGAGGUGUGAUGGAAAGGCAGGGAGGUGUGAUGGAAAGGCAGGGAGGUGUGAUGGAAAGGCAGGGAGGUGUGAUGGAAAGGCAGGGAGGUGUGAUGGAAAGGCAGGGAGGUGUGAUGGAAAGGCAGGGAGGUGUGAUGGAAAGGCAGGGAGGUGUGAUGGAAAGGCAGGGAGGUGUGAUGGAAAGGCAGGGAGGUGUGAUGGAAAGGCAGGGAGGUGUGAUGGAAAGGCAGGGAGGUGUGAUGGAAAGGCAGGGAGGUGUGAUGGAAAGGCAGGGAGGUGUGAUGGAAAGGCAGGGAGGUGUGAUGGAAAGGCAGGGAGGUGUGAUGGAAAGGCAGGGAGGUGUGAUGGAAAGGCAGGGAGGUGUGAUGGAAAGGCAGGGAGGUGUGAUGGAAAGGCAGGGAGGUGUGAUGGAAAGGCAGGGAGGUGUGAUGGAAAGGCAGGGAGGUGUGAUGGAAAGGCAGGGAGGUGUGAUGGAAAGGCAGGGAGGUGUGAUGGAAAGGCAGGGAGGUGUGAUGGAAAGGCAGGGAGGUGUGAUGGAAAGGCAGGGAGGUGUGAUGGAAAGGCAGGGAGGUGUGAUGGAAAGGCAGGGAGGUGUGAUGGAAAGGCAGGGAGGUGUGAUGGAAAGGCAGGGAGGUGUGAUGGAAAGGCAGGGAGGUGUGAUGGAAAGGCAGGGAGGUGUGAUGGAAAGGCAGGGAGGUGUGAUGGAAAGGCAGGGAGGUGUGAUGGAAAGGCAGGGAGGUGUGAUGGAAAGGCAGGGAGGUGUGAUGGAAAGGCAGGGAGGUGUGAUGGAAAGGCAGGGAGGUGUGAUGGAAAGGCAGGGAGGUGUGAUGGAAAGGCAGGGAGGUGUGAUGGAAAGGCAGGGAGGUGUGAUGGAAAGGCAGGGAGGUGUGAUGGAAAGGCAGGGAGGUGUGAUGGAAAGGCAGGGAGGUGUGAUGGAAAGGCAGGGAGGUGUGAUGGAAAGGCAGGGAGGUGUGAUGGAAAGGCAGGGAGGUGUGAUGGAAAGGCAGGGAGGUGUGAUGGAAAGGCAGGGAGGUGUGAUGGAAAGGCAGGGAGGUGUGAUGGAAAGGCAGGGAGGUGUGAUGGAAAGGCAGGGAGGUGUGAUGGAAAGGCAGGGAGGUGUGAUGGAAAGGCAGGGAGGUGUGAUGGAAAGGCAGGGAGGUGUGAUGGAAAGGCAGGGAGGUGUGAUGGAAAGGCAGGGAGGUGUGAUGGAAAGGCAGGGAGGUGUGAUGGAAAGGCAGGGAGGUGUGAUGGAAAGGCAGGGAGGUGUGAUGGAAAGGCAGGGAGGUGUGAUGGAAAGGCAGGGAGGUGUGAUGGAAAGGCAGGGAGGUGUGAUGGAAAGGCAGGGAGGUGUGAUGGAAAGGCAGGGAGGUGUGAUGGAAAGGCAGGGAGGUGUGAUGGAAAGGCAGGGAGGUGUGAUGGAAAGGCAGGGAGGUGGAGGUGUGAUGGAAAGGCAGGGAGGUGUGAUGGAAAGGCAGGGAGGUGUGAUGGAAAGGCAGGGAGGUGUGAUGGAAAGGCAGGGAGGUGUGAUGGAAAGGCAGGGAGGUGUGAUGGAAAGGCAGGGAGGUGUGAUGGAAAGGCAGGGAGGUGUGAUGGAAAGGCAGGGAGGUGUGAUGGAAAGGCAGGGAGGUGUGAUGGAAAGGCAGGGAGGUGUGAUGGAAAGGCAGGGAGGUGUGAUGGAAAGGCAGGGAGGUGUGAUGGAAAGGCAGGGAGGUGUGAUGGAAAGGCAGGGAGGUGUGAUGGAAAGGCAGGGAGGUGUGAUGGAAAGGCAGGGAGGUGUGAUGGAAAGGCAGGGAGGUGUGAUGGAAAGGCAGGGAGGUGUGAUGGAAAGGCAGGGAGGUGUGAUGGAAAGGCAGGGAGGUGUGAUGGAAAGGCAGGGAGGUGUGAUGGAAAGGCAGGGAGGUGUGAUGGAAAGGCAGGGAGGUGUGAUGGAAAGGCAGGGAGGUGUGAUGGAAAGGCAGGGAGGUGUGAUGGAAAGGCAGGGAGGUGUGAUGGAAAGGCAGGGAGGUGUGAUGGAAAGGCAGGGAGGUGUGAUGGAAAGGCAGGGAGGUGUGAUGGAAAGGCAGGGAGGUGUGAUGGAAAGGCAGGGAGGUGUGAUGGAAAGGCAGGGAGGUGUGAUGGAAAGGCAGGGAGGUGUGAUGGAAAGGCAGGGAGGUGUGAUGGAAAGGCAGGGAGGUGUGAUGGAAAGGCAGGGAGGUGUGAUGGAAAGGCAGGGAGGUGUGAUGGAAAGGCAGGGAGGUGUGAUGGAAAGGCAGGGAGGUGUGAUGGAAAGGCAGGGAGGUGUGAUGGAAAGGCAGGGAGGUGUGAUGGAAAGGCAGGGAGGUGUGAUGGAAAGGCAGGGAGGUGUGAUGGAAAGGCAGGGAGGUGUGAUGGAAAGGCAGGGAGGUGUGAUGGAAAGGCAGGGAGGUGUGAUGGAAAGGCAGGGAGGUGUGAUGGAAAGGCAGGGAGGUGUGAUGGAAAGGCAGGGAGGUGUGAUGGAAAGGCAGGGAGGUGUGAUGGAAAGGCAGGGAGGUGUGAUGGAAAGGCAGGGAGGUGUGAUGGAAAGGCAGGGAGGUGUGAUGGAAAGGCAGGGAGGUGUGAUGGAAAGGCAGGGAGGUGUGAUGGAAAGGCAGGGAGGUGUGAUGGAAAGGCAGGGAGGUGUGAUGGAAAGGCAGGGAGGUGUGAUGGAAAGGCAGGGAGGUGUGAUGGAAAGGCAGGGAGGUGUGAUGGAAAGGCAGGGAGGUGUGAUGGAAAGGCAGGGAGGUGUGAUGGAAAGGCAGGGAGGUGUGAUGGAAAGGCAGGGAGGUGUGAUGGAAAGGCAGGGAGGUGUGAUGGAAAGGCAGGGAGGUGUGAUGGAAAGGCAGGGAGGUGUGAUGGAAAGGCAGGGAGGUGUGAUGGAAAGGCAGGGAGGUGUGAUGGAAAGGCAGGGAGGUGUGAUGGAAAGGCAGGGAGGUGUGAUGGAAAGGCAGGGAGGUGUGAUGGAAAGGCAGGGAGGUGUGAUGGAAAGGCAGGGAGGUGUGAUGGAAAGGCAGGGAGGUGUGAUGGAAAGGCAGGGAGGUGUGAUGGAAAGGCAGGGAGGUGUGAUGGAAAGGCAGGGAGGUGUGAUGGAAAGGCAGGGAGGUGUGAUGGAAAGGCAGGGAGGUGUGAUGGAAAGGCAGGGAGGUGUGAUGGAAAGGCAGGGAGGUGUGAUGGAAAGGCAGGGAGGUGUGAUGGAAAGGCAGGGAGGUGUGAUGGAAAGGCAGGGAGGUGUGAUGGAAAGGCAGGGAGGUGUGAUGGAAAGGCAGGGAGGUGUGAUGGAAAGGCAGGGAGGUGUGAUGGAAAGGCAGGGAGGUGUGAUGGAAAGGCAGGGAGGUGUGAUGGAAAGGCAGGGAGGUGUGAUGGAAAGGCAGGGAGGUGUGAUGGAAAGGCAGGGAGGUGUGAUGGAAAGGCAGGGAGGUGUGAUGGAAAGGCAGGGAGGUGUGAUGGAAAGGCAGGGAGGUGUGAUGGAAAGGCAGGGAGGUGUGAUGGAAAGGCAGGGAGGUGUGAUGGAAAGGCAGGGAGGUGUGAUGGAAAGGCAGGGAGGUGUGAUGGAAAGGCAGGGAGGUGUGAUGGAAAGGCAGGGAGGGAUGGCGGUGAGAAUUGCAGGGGAGUAGGCGUGGCGGGAAGGGGAGAUGGCGUGGCGGGAAGGGGGGAUGACGUGGCGAGAAGGGGGGAUGGAGUGGCGGGAAGGGGAGAUGACGUGGCGGGAAGGGGAGUUUUCGUGGCGGGAAGGGGAGAUGGCGUGGCGAGAAGGGGGGAUGACGUGGCGAGAAGGGGGGAUGGAGUGGCGGGAAGGGGAGAUGACGUGGCGGGAAGAGGAGUUUUCGUGGCGGGAAGGGGAGAUGGCGUGGCGGUGGUCGCGAUGGGGCCGCGUGAGGAGACGUAG